GAACUUUUGUAAAAGAGUGCACGUAACCUGAAAAUGAAAUGUUAAAGGCAAAACAACCAAAACUGAAAUUGCAUUAGUCGAUGCCUCACGAUUCCUACUUUCGUAAGAUGCACCUAAUUACCUGUAGGAUAGAAAAUGUAAGUCGGUUUGUUCAUUUAUAAAUUUGACGCAAGCCAGGCCUCAACAGGAUCUACAUCUGACAUCUCUUGUGAUGGGGCGCUUGGUCUUGACUAUUCUGGUAGCUUUAACAAGCAGCACAGCAUCCGUAGUCUAUGGGGAUAUUGGCACCGCAACAUCUUAUCACCCGCCAUAUAUACCUACCAGAUGUUAUGGAAAUAGACAAGAUCAGUUCCCGCCAAGCAAGCUAUUUGUUGCGGUGAGUGAAGGGUUGUGGGAUAACGGAGCUGCUUGUGGAAGGCGGUAUAGAUUGAGAUGUCUAAGUGGAGCCAAUAGACCAUGCAAGCAGCAAACCAUUGAAGUCAAGGUGGUGGAUUUCUGCACAAAGGCACCCUGCCCAUCUACGAUCCAACUGUCUACCGAUGCCUUUGCAGCCAUUUCCAACCAUAAUGGAAGAAAAAUCAAUGUCGAAUAUACACAGUAUGUCCUCUUUUCAUCUUCGUUUUAUCGUAGCAAGAUCUACUUUGGGUUUAACAAUGACGAUACUGCUGUUCCAUCUUUGACCUUUAAUGAAUUGUUGCAGGAUUUGAGCAGGUACUACAGGCAACUUCAGAUAUGCCAUGCCAACUUCUGCAUGUAGAUAGUAUCAAAUAAUAUAUAGAAUUGGGUGAUAAAGAGGUUAGUUUCCAUAUUUGUAUAAGUUUAACAAUUAACUACAGGUUAUAGUACUGUAACUUAAUCAAGUGUUGUCAUUGAUGAGUAUUAAGGUUCAACGUCAACUAUGAGAUCACAUUCAACUCUCCUUUUGUCAUGUAAUAGGGUAAUUGUUGUUAGUUUUCAAGCUAUGCAACCUCAAAGACAUAUGAUGUACUUGAAGGACACCUGUCAGAAAGAACAGCCAUAGUUGCACACUAGUCAUCAAAUCGUUCAUUUAUAAUUGUACAAUGCAAUUGAAAGAAUGAAAAUUCUAG